CCUUGUCAAUGAAUGUUACAGCGAAGAUAAAAGCCUCACAAUACCGCCCAGCCCUCUUCAUUCACUUCUAGACCAUUUAUCAAAACCCAACACAGCGCCAACACGGUUUCAAUGGACCAUCUUACAUGGUACCCGCAAUCCAGCAUCCCACCAGUACAAGUGCCAUACGUCUGUGGCAACGAGCCUACUUGCAAAAAAGAUCAGUUUCUGGACUUCGCCACACUACAAGGCUGGGAACUGAAACAAUCCGACUCUCUCGCUCAACUCGCAACAAGAUCGCAAGCUUGGCUCUUUUUCGGUUUGCUAGCUGUGAUUGGCAUUCCUGCCCAAAAUUGUAGAGCUUCUAGAGCUUCCGCGACUUUUGAGAAUGUUGUCAACGCUUCUAUCCUACCUUCCGUUUUGCGAAGCAUUGUUGAAGGGGAUGACGAAAACAACGUGGCCCUAAUUGUGGAUGUGAUGACAGCAUUAGCCAGAGCCGAGGAGCUCAUGCGAGCUGAGGUGAUACCUCUUAUCAAAGAAUUCGAAGAAGGAGAGACACUCAACUUGUGGAGUUCUCAGCCUUACGCAAUCCUCUUCAGCAUUGAGAUUCUCAUAGAUACCAUCGUCUUUGUUCUUGGAGACGAGGCUGAUUCACGAAGGGUGUCACUAUUUGCACAGGGCAUGGAGGGAAUCGAACAAAGUCUACUGCAUGUCGGGAAAUGCCGCAGCCUUGCACAUCGCCUCGAUAAUUUGCGUUCUUCUGAGUUCUAUGUUCUCCUCUCAUUUCCCAGCGGUGACAUCCGUUCGGACCACUCCAAAUGCAAUCACACCAGUUGCUGCUGUUUUGACGUAGACCAGACUUCGUACAGGACUCGGCACGUAGAAGACUGUGUCAUGGCGAAGAGGUUUCGGUUGAUGAAGAGGAGCUUAUAGCACUUAUUCGGGUGGAUGAGGUACCCUUAAUCCGAAGCGUCAUGGAUUCUACGGGCAACGUUAAAAUCGAAAUCAUCAAAAUGAGGGAGCAGAUUGACUACACGGCCAUCUCGCAUGUCUGUGCGGGCGGGUUAGGCAACUUCCAGGACAACUGUCUCCCCCAUUGUCAACUACAAGCCAUUCAUGAAGAUGGCUGUAACACCAUGGCGCUCGCGUACGACAAUUAUUACAAGAAUCAGCGGU